CACAGCGUCUCCUUCACGACUCCAAACGGGUCCCUGAACGUCUCCUGUAGGUUCCCUGAACGUCUCCUGCAGGUUUGGGGGUUUGGUGCCGCGCGUGUUGACCAUGAGCGACACCUCGGAGGACGACAAUGAGAUCUCCUUUCAGGUCAAGUUCCUGGGUCGGGUCGAGGUGCUGCGCCCCGACGGACCGCACACCCUGUCCGAGGCCGCUCAGAGCCUGAAGACGCCGGACAAGUUCUCCUCCGAAAAGGCUGCGAAGAGGAGCAAAGUCCAUCUCUUCCUGUCGCUGGCAGGCAUCGACGUGCUGGAGAACAAAACCAAGUUCCUGCUGUACUCGUGCCCGCUGGCCACCAUCUCCUUCUGUGCGGUGCUGCCGUCUGCGCCCAAAGUCUUCGGGUUCGUGGCCCGACACCCGGCGGCGGACACGAACCACUGCUACCUGUUCCAGAGCAAGGCGUUUUCCCACGUGCUGGUGUCGGCCAUCGGGGACGCCUUCCGAUCUUCGAAAAAAGAGGCGCACAUCAGGGGAGGGAGGGACCUGAUAGUGGAGGCCCUCCGACAUAAGAACAAAAUGCUGCAAAGAGAGAAUGCUGAGCUGAAGAAGCUGCUUGCAGGACAGACUCACUAACUACAGCUCCUAUGAUGCUGUUGCACACAUACAGUCAAAAACGUGUGAAAAAUAAACCAUUGACCCUGUUCUAUACUGUUUAGCCUCAUAAUUAACAACGAUAAUAAUAACAAUAAUUGCCAAUGCUGUGUUAUUCUUCUUCUUCACGUAAUUGUGCCUUCAGGAAGAACUAAAGAAAGUCUUAAGUUCUACAGAAACGGGCGAAACCCUUUGAUCAUAUCAAAUACUAAAGGAACCGUUCCAUUAUUAGUGUCUUGGGG